UCACUUGAGAAUCACUUACUGUUUGCUCGUUGCAAAAGCUCUAAGCUGAAAUUUGAGUCAACGUGAACCAUAUCCGCUCGUCUAUCCAAAUAUCAGAAAACAGAAAUGGCAGUCACUCCGUACCAGGAGCGGGUCUAUACUCUGCUUUCCCAGAUCCCAUCUGGAAAAGUGAGCUCUUAUGCCGCAUUGGCGAAAGCAUUGGAUUCGUCACCACGAGCUGUGGGUGGCGCUCUUCGUCGGAAUCCAUUUGCUCCGGAAGUCCCAUGUCACAGGUGCAUUGCGUCAACGGGCUUUAUCGGCGGCUUUCAGGGUGACUGGCAAGAUGCACCGAGCGGACAGAACCAGAACAAGAAACUCAACCUGUUGCAGUCUGAAGGUGUACAAUUCGACAAGGAUGGUAUGCUGCUUGACCAAACCUGCUGGUGGGAUAGCUUCAAAGUCUAGCUUUGCGCAUUCUGUAUAUGAGUGAUACCAGGAAAGGGUUUGUGGGAGUGUCGAGGCGAAGAAAAGGAGUUUGUCACUGCAGUCAGGAACAAUGCAGGGAUGUUUCAGUUUGAUGUUUUUAUUUCGCAGAAAAAAUACCAAGUUUCCAGUUAUUUUCAAAAA